AUGUUCAACCUCUCUUUAAAAACUGGUGUAUUUCCAGAUAUUUUUAAAAUAGCAAAAGUUACACCAAUGCUAAAAAAAAGGUUUCUAAGUUUCAUAAAUAAAUAUGCACCACCUACAGUACAACAACACGGUUUUAGAAAGUCUAAAUCUACACAGACACCAAUUUUCGAAUUCUUAGACUGCAUUUUAAAAUCCCUUGAUCAACAUAAAUUAGCUGAAGGUAUUUUUCGAGAUCUAUCAAAAGCCUUUGAUAUCCUGGACCAUAACAUUCUGCUCGAAAAAUUAGAAAGACGAGGAGGCUCAAUCUUAGGUCCACUACUCUUCUUGAUUUUUGUGGAUGGCUUAGUUGAAUAUACGAGUCCCACAAAAACCAUCCUGUUUGCCGAUGACACCAGCAUAUUGCUCACUGGAUCCAACCCAGAAACUUUGCAGUCCACAGCAGAAAGUUCUAUGGAAAGACUUUCUGAGUGGUUCACAAAAAAACAAACUCAUUAUAAAUACUGA